UGGGCCACAAUGACAAAACUGACAAGAACCUGUCAGUCCUUAAUAUAGCCAGCACAUCAGCUUAUCACUACCUUAAUUUAGCCAAGCCGAGAAGCAUAUACAGAAAUCUCAAAAAAAAAAAAAGUCGAGACGGCAAAAAAAGACAAGAACGAGAGCGCCCGACGACAUGGCUUCCGGAGCGUCCUUCGCCGGCGUCCGCGCCGUGCUCUCCGUCUUCCUCGUCGCGGCGGCGUCCGCAGCAGGCCCCGCUCCGGCGCCCACGGCCGCGCCGUCGAGCAAGUACUCCGUCGAGGAGGCGUGCAAGCAGGCCGCGGGGCACCACGACCUGUGCGUGGCGACGCUGUCCGCGGACCCGUCGUCCAAGACGGCCAACACGGCGGGGCUGGCCCGGGUGGCCAUCCAGGCGGCGCAGCGGAACGCGUCGGAGACGGCCACCUACCUCUCCAGCAUCUACGACGACGACAGCCUCGAGAACAAGACGGCGCAGCUGCAGCAGUGCCUCGAGGACUGCGGCGAGAGGUCGGUGAUGACGAUGCGCAGGUCGAUGCGCGGUCCCCUGAUGAUGGUGGUGGUGAUGAAUGAUGAUGCGGUUGCUGCCGGGUGCAGGUACGAGUCGGCGGUGGAGCAGCUGUCGGACGCGACGUCGGCGGUGGACUCCGGGGCGUUCAGCGAGUCGGAGGCGCUGGUGGCGGCGAGCCAGGCGGAGGUGAAGCUGUGCCAGAGGGGGUGCCAGGCCGUGCCGGACCACCGGAACAUCCUCACGGCUCGCAACCGGCAGGUCGACCAGCUCUGCAGCAUCGCGCUCGCCAUCACCAAGCUCAUCCGCGGGGCCACCAUCGUGAUAUAAAAUUGAGGGCUUCAUCAACGUUGGUGAUCGAUCUACUCAGCUCAGCUCUCGACAUACAAUGGCAGUUAGUUUGUACAACCAUGCCGCAGUACCCCUGGAUCGGAUGAACUUCCACUGUAAUCAGAUUGGGUAGUCUGUGAGAUUGUGACAUUAGAUUGCGUGAAACUAGAAGGGGUGCCCCGCACAAAUAGCUCGGAUAGCUAGUCUUUUACUAUUUUUUAUGUUUUUUGGAUAGUGAUUUGUAUUUUUUUCCAAACGGCUCAAACAGAGGAUUAUCUA